UCUGACUGGGGCUUUAAAGUUCUAAAGUACCUCCUCAAAGACAAGACCAGCAUCACAGACACAUUUGGAGUUUUGAGCCAAUUUAAUCUAAAUGACCUCGAUACUAGAUCCCUCCUCCUCUAGUCAGUCAGCUGAAGUCAUCCUGACAGCACGGUCCUCUGUGCAUCCAGCAGGAGCCUGAGCUCUUCCCGUCCGUCCCACUGAGCUGUGUUGCUGUCGGUGGUCCCUGGUGGAGCUGUUGCUGUUGCUGUUGCUGCUGAGCAUGUGCUCGGCUGCUCCACAGGGCAGAAGGAACGCUUCCCAUCAGCACACAGGUUGCAGGCAUGGAUCACUGAGCGCACGGCUCCGACUCAAGAGCGCUGUCACCAAGCUGUUAUUCAUCCCUGCAUCAUGGAGGCUCAGCCUGGUGCAUCAUGGGAGCUCAUCAACAGUGUGACAGAUACAAUAUAUGAGGGCUGAGAGGUCGUCAUGGAGACUGACAGCUACACCCCAGGCCCAGCCUCCAGUGACUGGCUCGGGACGGUGGCCAGCCUGGAGGGAAUGGGAGUCCUUCAGGAGCAUGAAGGAGGGGGCUUGCCCAGCAGCCCGGCAUCCUGGUACACGCCAUACUCGCUGGGCUUCCAGGUGUCGCUCACCUCCUUCCUCAUGCUGGAGCUAGUGUUGGGUUUCAGCAGCAACCUGACGGUGCUGGUGCUCUACUUCUCUCAAUCCAAUUUAGUGGACUCGGUGAGCAAUAUGGUGACUGUCAAUCUGCAUGUGCUGGAUGUGGCUGUGUGUGUGCUGUGUCUGCCCAUCACUCUGGUGAUUGUGCUGCUGCCUCCAGGACCAAACCUGGCCCUGCUCUGCUGCUUCCACGAGGCAUGUGUCACCUUUGCCAGCAUAUCCACAGCCAUCAACAUCCUGGUCAUCAGCUUGGACCGAUAUGACAUCUCAGUGCGGCCUGCCAACAGGCUGCUGACCACACAUAGAGCAACGCUGCUCCUGGCUGCCGUUUGGGUCACCUCGGUAGCUGUGUUUUUUAUCCCAUUCUUAGAGGUGCAGUGGUCCAGUGGAGAAGGAGCAGAGGAGAGAGGGAAGGUGACACGCUUGUCGUUGUCCUCACAUGGUAUCAGUUCCACUGUGGUGCCAGCGUGGCGUAACCAGACACUGCUCUGUGUUGGCGGGCAGGACUACCACACAGGCCUGGGUAUGCAUUUCCAUCUUAUCCUGCAGGUACCCAUCUUCUUCACCACAGUGGCAGUCAUGCUGUUUACCUACUCCAGAAUUUUGAGGGCUUUAAACAUCCGCAUUGGCUCCCACAUGAAGAAGGGCCAGCAGUUCAGGGGGCCCCACAAGAGACAGAAAAAAAAGGCGGGGCUCAGAAUGAAUAAUAAUGGUGGGGAGGUAGGAGGGGAGCAGUGCACCACAGAUGGUACUAAACAGCUCAGCCAUCCUCCCCUCAUCCCUUCCUCCUCCCCCACCCCCACAGCUACCUCCCCGCCUGCGCUGUCUUCUUCUGCUCCACUAGUCACCUCUGACACAGGCGCUGUGACCGCAAUGCCCACCACGAGCGUCCAGGCCUCUGUGUCGGCCAUCAUUGCCCUGAGGCGGGCAGUGCGGCGACACAGGGAUCGACGCGAGAGGCAGAGGCGGGUGUUCAAGAUGUCCCUCAUCAUUAUCACCACCUUUCUGGGCUGUUGGGCCCCCCUCUCUGUGACCAACAUGCUUAUCCUGGGAAUAGGCCCUAGUGAGGCCCUGGUCAGCCUACGCCUCUGGUUCUUAGCCCUGGCCUACGGCACAACUGUCUCCCACCCUCUGCUCUACGCUUUCACCCGACAGAAGCUACGCCGUGCGCUCCGUGCUAAGGUUAAGAAAAGGGUGGUGUCCCUGCUCCAGGUAGACCCUUCACCAGGGGGCACCAUCAUACACAACUCCUGGGUGGAGAACAGAAAAAGCAGCCGGCAGGUGCGGCUGGAAGCAAGCAAAGGUACUGACCGCUGCUUAGCAGAGGUCCUCUGAGACUGACACACAUGGGCCAGGCUAGUACAAUUAAAAAGCAGGAUAGAGUCGCAGGUGUGUUCUAUUAUGAAACUCACUGGUGCAUGAAGCCAGUAUGUGAAAAAAAACAUUUCCACCUCUGGGAGAUGUUUAAAUGUAACCACCAGCAGAAAGCCCAUGCUAAACACAGCUAAUGUUCACCUCAGGCAUCAGUGAGAGCAGGAUGUUGUCGUCACUGUAGUGCACACAGCCUCUGCUGCUGAAGAAAAUCAUACAACAGCAAACACAAAACUGUAUAUAAUUUGCACUCUUUCAAAUUGUGAAGUCUGUUUACAAAUUGAGUUGUAUAAUAGAGCACUAUCAUAGUGGUGCUUACCAAACUGCUCCAAAGAAUGUGUUUAGCAGCAGAUAAACUGGUCUGCCACCCACUCAAAUGCCCCAAGGCAGCUUUAAAAUAAACAUUGACACUUCGAACAAAUAAAUACUUAUCAAACUCUUUGAACGUAUUUAAUAUUGUCUCUGUCUUAGUUCUGCUGUGAUGGUGUAUGUGUAUUUUGAACUAAAAAGAGAUCAUGCUGGAUAUUCACAAGCAAGACACAGCGAUGAUAGAAUGAUAAGAUGUAAAUGUUUCCGGGUGUAGGAGGGGAACAAGUCAGAGAACAAUUAAAGGCUAGUGUGAAUUAUUAAAUGCAGUUUUGCUUUAGCAUAAGUAGUUACUAAACUCUCAAUGUUACAGUGUUUACAUAAAAUCUUGCAAUGCUCUUUCAUAUAAAUGCAACUCUUUUGCUCUUAAAUUUGUAUCAUAUGGUGCAAUGUCUUAUUGAUGUUUUGCAUAUACUGCUUGGAGAAGGUAAGCACAUUGAUUAAAGGCCAUAGUUUGACAUUUUGGGAAAUAGGCUCAUUGGCAUUCUUGCAGAGAAUUAGAUGAGAAGAUUGAUACCACGGUUGUGUGUACAAUCAAUAUGAAGCUUCAGCCAACAGCUUAGCUUAGCACAAAAAUUUUGUCAAUUUAAAAGAUAAGAAUUUU